GCAUCUUAAGUAUCAGUUCCUGUGUAAGUGAGAGGUCUUCCGGUACUUGAGGAGAGAAGACGAACCUGCAAAUACGCGAAUUCAUUUAUUUACCAGCUAGUUAACAGUGCAGCUGAAAAACAAGCUCAUCUAAUUCAAGUGCUUUUCCAGUGAUUUGACAUGGCCGAGCCACGCAGCCCGGUAUCCGCAUCUGUACCCCACAAUUCGAUGGUGUUGCCCACCCCGGAGGGCUCGACCCUUGAGAUGGACCCGAUGGAGUACACCCUCCGCAAGCGUCUGCCCCGCAAACUGCCCAAACGACGGAACGACGUCUACGUCAAUAUGAAAACAGACUUCAAGGCCCAGCUGGCGAGGUGUCAGAAACUUCUGGACGCUCAUAGGGAAAUCUGCAUCCACGGUCUGGGACUGGCCAUCAACCGGGCCAUUAACAUCGCCCUGCAGCUUCAGACGUCCAGCCAGGGUGCGUUGCAGCUGGCGGCCAACACAUCCACCGUAGAGCUCAUAGAUGAUCUGGAGCCCGAGGACCCGGACGAGGCGGGAGAGCCGCUGACACGCACCCGAAAUAACUCCGCAAUCCACAUCAAGGUGUUUUAUCCCAAACCAUAGAGCCAGUAUCAGUAUUAACACAAUAAAUGGCAACUUCAAAGAAAAA